GCUCCGUGUUGUGCUCCGGCCGCCGAGCCGCCGCCGCUCCUGGCCUCGGCCCCGGCUCCGGCCGCAGACAUGGCGGGCGGGCACUGCGGCAGCUUCGCCGCGGCGGCGGCCAGCAGCGGGGAGAUCGUACAGCUGAACGUCGGGGGGACCAGAUUCAGUACCUCAAGACAGACUCUUAUGUGGAUUCCAGAUUCUUUUUUUUCCAGUUUGCUGAGUGGAAGAAUCUCCACACUCCGAGACGAGACUGGUGCUAUAUUUAUUGAUAGGGACCCUGCAGCAUUCGCCCCCAUUCUAAAUUUUCUUCGGACAAAAGAACUCGACUUAAGGGGGGUGAGCAUCAAUGUUCUCAGACACGAAGCCGAAUUCUAUGGGAUCACUCCACUAGUGCGAAGGCUGCUGCUUUGUGAGGAGCUGGAGAGGUCGUCCUGCGGCAGUGUCCUGUUCCACGGCUACUUGCCUCCACCAGGCAUUCCCAGUCGCAAAAUAACUAACCCAGCUAGACCCUCUGUAGACACAAGGAAUGGACUAAAUUCUACAGAAUGUGAAGCCCGGGGAAGCGGGACAACGCCCGUACUCUCUGGAAACGAAGAAGAGACUGUUAGGCUGGGAUUUCCAGUGGACCCAAGAAAGGUGCUAAUAGUUGCUGGCCACCACAACUGGAUUGUGGCUGCCUAUGCUCAUUUCGCUGUGUGUUACAGAAUCAAGGAGUCUUCAGGCUGGCAGCAAGUGUUCACAAGCCCAUAUCUGGACUGGACCAUUGAACGUGUGGCUUUAAAUGCAAAAGUGGUUGGAGGCCCUCAUGGGGACAAGGACAAAAUGGUGGCCGUUGCCUCAGAGAGCAGCAUCAUCCUGUGGAGCGUUCAGGAUGGAGGGAGUGGAAGUGAGAUCGGUGUGUUCAGCCUUGGUGUUCCUGUAGAUGCUCUCUUCUUUAUUGGGAACCAGUUGGUGGCCACAAGUCACACAGGGAAAGUGGGAGUAUGGAAUGCUGUCACGCAGCACUGGCAGGUGCAGGAUGUUGUUCCAAUCACCAGUUACGACACUGCUGGCUCCUUCCUUCUCCUGGGAUGCAACAACGGAUCGAUAUAUUACAUAGACAUGCAGAAGUUCCCUUUACGGAUGAAGGAUAACGACCUCCUCGUCACUGAGCUCUAUCACGACCCUUCCAAUGAUGCCAUCACUGCACUGAGUGUUUACCUCACCCCCAAAACAAGUGUCAGCGGGAACUGGAUUGAGAUCGCCUACGGUACGAGCUCUGGAGCUGUGCGAGUGAUUGUACAGCACCCAGAGACAGUUGGGUCAGGGCCUCAGCUCUUCCAGACAUUCACAGUUCACCGCAGCCCUGUGACAAAGAUUAUGCUAUCAGAGAAGCACCUGGUCUCAGUGUGUGCUGACAACAACCAUGUCCGCACGUGGACAGUGACGCGGUUCAGAGGGAUGAUCUCCACUCAGCCAGGCUCCACCCCCCUAGCCUCCUUCAAGAUCCUGUCCUUGGAGGAGACAGAGAGCCAUGGUAGCUGCUCCUCCGGAAAUGACAUAGGGCCUUUUGGAGAAAGAGACGAUCAACAAGUGUUUAUCCAGAAAGUUGUGCCCAUCACCAACAAGCUGUUUGUCAGGCUGUCGUCAACUGGAAAAAGAAUAUGUGAGAUCCAGGCUGUUGACUGCACCACAAUAUCUUCAUUCACUGUGAGAGAGUGUGAGGGCUCCAGCAGGAUGGGCUCGCGGCCACGGCGCUACCUGUUCACCGGCCACACGAACGGCAGCAUCCAGAUGUGGGACCUGACCACAGCUAUGGAUAUGGUCAACAAGAGCGAGGACAAGGAUGCAGGUGGCCCCACUGAGGAAGAGCUACUCAAGCUGUUAGACCAGUGUGAUCUGAGCACGUCCCGCUGUGCUACCCCCAACAUCAGUCCCGCCACUUCUGUGCUUCAGCAUAGCCGCCUUCGAGAAUCCAACUCCAGCCUUCAGCUGCAACACCACGAAACCAUCCACGAAGCAGCCACUUACGGCGCCACACGGCCUUACCGAGAGAGCCCUCUGUUAGCCAGAGCGAGGAGGACUGAGAGUUUCCACAGCUACCGGGACUUCCAGACCCUGCAUCUCAACAGAAACGCAGAGAGAGCUGUCCCUGAAAAUGGCCAUCCAGGUCCACCCCAGGCUGAAGCGAAAGGGGCCGCAGGAGAAUGCACUAUAUCUGAGAGAAAGUCCCCAGGCACAGAAAUAAGAUGUGUGAAAGAGUCAGACGGUGGGUUGGAAGUGCAUAAAGCAAUGGAAAGUUUGUCAGAGACCAAGAAACGGCCAUCAGAGGAUGAAAAUGAACCUAAAGUGGAGUUACGGAAGAAGGGGUUUGAGGCAGGAGGAUUCCUUGGAAGAAAGAAGGUUCCCUAUCUGGCAUCUUCACCGAGUACCUCUGAUGGAGGGACUGACUCUCCUGGUACCGCUUCCCCGUCUCCAACAAAGACCACUCCUUCACCUCGGCACAAAAAGAGUGAUUCCUCAGGCCAAGAGUACAGCUUGUGAACUCACCAAAGUGCAUGACAGUUUUGCUAAAUUUACAUGAAAAACACAAUUUCCUGGGUUUCAGUACAUUGGCUUUUA